UUUGUCCCAAAACGCUGAUUUUACAGAGGGCUGAGCAUGGUCUCUGGACGGAAGUUACUUGGAGCUGGUAGCCUUUUGUAUUGAUGGGGGAUAUGUUGCUUGCUUCGCUAGUCUUGUUUAUAUAGCUUCUAAUGUUACUGAACUAGUAACCUAGUUCUGUGCUGUCAAUGAUCUACUUUAGCUAACGUUAGCUUACUGGUUGUAGCUUUGGAAACGUAAUCAUUUUGCUUGGACGUGGGCUCGCAAACAAGCUGAUUUGAAAUAGCUUACGGUAUCGAAUAAUAAUAAUAAACUCAAAACUGGGACUCAAACGGAAUUAUUUAAAACGGAAAGACGACGGAAGAAUCUUUAUUUUGGCUUUACAGAAAAUACUUUGAGCGUGGAUCCUCUUUAUUAUAAAGAACCAAAUAAAGGAAGCUUUGUUGGUUUGGAAUGAACUACAUAGCGAGCUGUAUAAUUUAAGCCACAUUUUAUCUUCCUGGAACUGUCGGGCACAGUCGCCCUCAUUUCGACCCCACAUUAGUUGCGCGCUUGUUCUUCUUGAAAGCAGACCAUCGUCGAAUGGACCAACAUCCCAGGGCAAGGAGCUGUACCGACCGCGGAGCUGCGUCCUGCGAAGUCGUCCCCGGCGCGCCCUCCAUGAAUUUGCACAUCCAUUCUACAACCGGCACCCGUUUCGAGCUGUCCCUGCCCUCGGAGGAGACGGUGGAAGGGCUGAAGCGAAGGCUUUCGCAACGACUCCGCGUGCCCAAGGAACGGCUCGCGCUGCUGCACAAGGAAACGCCCCUAAAUUCAGGAAAACUCCAAGACUUUGGAAUAGCCGAUGGGAGCAAAUUAACGCUCGUGCCAACAGUUGAAGCAGGAUUAAUGUCGCAACAAACAUCAAGACCUGAGCAGUCCAUCAUGCAAGCCUUGGAGAGUUUGACAGAAACUCAGGUCAGCGACUUCCUGUCUGGGCGGUCCCCGCUGACGCUGGCCCUGCGGGUGGGCGAUCACAUGAUGUUCGUCCAGCUGCAGCUGGCGGCCCAGCAGUCCGGCGGGCAGCAGCUGCACCACCGUCACCUGAUCGCCCGGGGGGGCGGGGCCAGCGCCACGGCGACCGCGGGCGUUUCGGGGAGCGGAGGCGGGCGUGUCCGCGUCCCUCUCCACGCCCAUCGGGUCUCCGUGCCGACCACCGCCACCUCCGGCAGCAGCCCUGCCUCCACGCCGCCGCCUGCCUGCCCCACACCGCCCCCCGCACCCCGCUGCAGCCCCUCGACUCCGCCCCUUUCCUGCCCCGACGGCUCGCCUCGCCCAAACUCGCCCCCCGCCGCCCACAGCACCCCGCCGACCUCCCCCUGUGCAGAGGCUACCUGCCGCACGCAGACUCCUGGCACAGGCUCCGCCCCUUCCUCCUCGCGCUCUCGCAAGCCCGGUGCCGUCAUCGAGAGCUUCGUUAGCCACGCCCCCGGAGUCUUCUCAGGGACCUUCUCAGGCACUUUGCACCCCAGCUGCCAGGACGGGACGGGGCGCCCCCGACGGGACGUUGGAACCAUCCUGCAGAUCCUGAACGACCUGCUGAGCGCCACCCGCCACUACCAGGGCGUCCCAGCAUCCCUCGCUCACCUGCGCUGCCAGACGCGGUGCGCGCCCCCCUCGCCGCCGCCGUCCCCCUCGCCGCCCCCCUCCCCCGCCGGGAUGCCGGACCUCUGCGCCACAUCUACCUCCGUGACCCCCGGCAACCCCCUGGCGCAGUGCCAGGACCCGGCCCACGGGAGCAAGCCUGCCGGCGACGGCGUGCGGCAGACUGAGAACACCGCCACGCGCUGCAAGGUGCAGCGGCUGCAGCUGCUGAUGGAGCGGAGGAGGCUCCGCAGGAAGGCCCGGCGGGACGGCCACGCCCCCUACCCCUGGCUGGCCAAUCGCAGGGCCGGCCGCGGCGCCCGCAGCAGCGACAGCAGCGUGUCGAGCGAGUCGUCCUCCCUGGACAUGGAUUACGAGGACUCGGUCUGGAAGCCCGACGUCAAGGCCGACAUCAACUCCGAGUUCGGCGUCAUGGCGUAGCGAGGUCGCGACGCCCGAACCCCCGCCCGCCCCGUUACUGACUUUUUGGGGAGGGGGGGGGGGGGGGAGGCGGAUGGUGGGAUGGAAGACGGGGAGGAGAGGGGGAGGAGUCCGGAUGGAGGGAACAGGGCCACACCCCAGAGGGAGGGGGUGCAGUGAAACGGUCCGUUACCACCUGACAACAGGCCACUUCCCCCCCCAGCCACAGGCCACUCCCUCAGCCACCAGCCCUGCCUCAUGGUUCUGUAUUGACCCUUAAACUUUAUGCUGUUUUUAGUUUUUUUUUCUUCUUUUCUUCUUUAUGGAAAUAUAAAAAAAAAAAAUGGGUGUAUUUGUAUUUUUGGAGUUUGGUGGGGGUGUUGCGAGAUUUCAUGGACGGUGAAGUAAUUAUGGAUUUAGACCACGUGAACGCGUGCGGAACGCGUGUGGAACGCGUGUGGUCUCUCUGGAUGAUGGACUUCAGUGCUUUCCCCCCCCCCCCCCCCUCCAUACGGACGUACAUGCUGGACUCAAACAGGACUGUGCAUUUAGGAUUAUACCUACUGUAUUUGGGAAAAGGAAAAGGGGGUGACAUGCCCCUUCCAUCCCAAAAAUGGGCAUUUUAGGUUCCUCACCAAUAUGAAUGAAAUUGCUGAAGGUUUUUUUUUUUUUGAUGGGGGGGGAGGUACUUAAUUAUUGUUAAAUCUAAUAUGUAGCAAUGUUCACAAAGCAUUCAGGUUCUGAAAAGAAAUGAUGAAAUAUGUUUUUUGCACAUUUUCAUGGGGGGGGGGAGGGGUUUGUAAUUCCCCCUUAACUGUGUGAGCCUUUGUGGGGGGGUAGGGGGGGGGGACAAUUUAAUGAUGUUUAUCUGAGAUGUGUACGUGUGUAUUACAGGUGGCCUCAGUGCUGGAGGUUAUGAAUGGCUAUAAUCAGUGAAUUGAAAACUGAAUAAAUAAGUGCUUUAGAAAACAAAAA